AUGUCCGCCAUGGAGACGUACCACGGCCACGUCCGCACCCCCAACGAUGCCAUCAUCCUCUUCGAGGCCUGUCGCACCGGCCUGCUGCCGCGCGUCCAGCGCCGCCUGUCCGAGAAGGAGCGCCAGCAGAUCAAGUCCGGUUCGGUCUUCGUCUGGGACGAGAGGGAAGCCGGCAUGCGCAGAUGGACCGACGGGAAAUCCUGGAGCGCCAGCAGGGUGUCCGGCAGCUUCUUGACCUACCGCGAAAUGGAGGGCAAACGCGGCGGCAACGGCUUCCCCGCGAAAAAGUCCAGCAGCAAGUCCGACAACGGCUCCAAGGACGGCUCGGACGAGGACGGUCCCGACGGAUACCGCUACAAGCCCGACGGCCUGAUGAAGCAGUCGUUCAGCAUUACCACCUCCCAAGGCCAGCAUCUCCACCUGAUCAGCUACUACGCGCGCUCGAGUCCCACCGCCAACGUGCUGAUGCAACCUUCGCAAGACCCGAGUCUGCGUCACAUCCGUCCCCAGAAGGGCAUGUACCCCGAGUCGUCUGUCAAUGAGCAAUCCAGUGUUCCCGCCGUGACAAGAGGACCCAUGCCCGGGUCGCCAUACGCCACCGCACCCCACGUCGGCUCUCCGUACACAAGAGCGGGCGCACCUCUGCCGCCUUACACCAUUCAACUACCGCCUGGCCCUUGGCCGCCCACUCCUCAAGGAACCCCGCCCUACUCGCCCUACGGCUACCCUGCACCCGGCGGCUACAUUGCGCACUCUCCUCACCCGUACCACCACUACCCGGCACAUACAGCUUACCCUGCCGGAACUGUGUUCGACAGGCCCCCUCCCGGACUUCCCCCGCCACCUCCGAUGGCGAAUGGCCACCCUUAUGCUCAUCACCAGCUCGCUCCGGCUGCUCACCACCCUCCCAACGUCUCUCCGCGUGUCCAGCAAGCGGCCCACACUGGACCGCCUUCGGCAGCUCCGGGACUGCCCCCUCAUCCGUAUGCGCACGUGGAACCUCCGCAGCAGCAUAGGCCGUCUCUGCCCGCCCCCUCGACUUCUGGCCCCGAACUUCCUCCUGUCAACACUCCGGCUGCUCCGGUCACGAACGGCAUGGCCGUCACCCCGCAACCGCCCGCGACCAACGGACAGGUAGAACUCCAGCGAUCCGCUUCCACGGAGGCGCAGUCGCAAUCAGCUCCCGACAGGAAUGACAGCGCACCGCCUCAGGCCAAGACUUUCCCCAGCAUCCACGCGCUUGUCAAUGGAUCGUCGGAUGCGACAGAGAACAAGAGUGACGCAAGCGCAACUAGCCGCAACGGAAGUCGCAGCCCCAACAGCGCCCUGCAACACGUCAAAGAGCGGAAUUCCGGAUAUGGCGAGGACUCGAAAGCAUUGAGGAGUCUCGACAAGGCUUUCAUGGUCAGAUGA